AGGCCUCAUGCCACACAGCUCUAUCAAGACUUCCCUGCAACUUGCUGGCCAAUUGUUUAUUCCAGCGACUACAACAUUACAUUCAUUGGUCUUGAAAAACUUCAUCCAUUUGACUCUGGGAAAUGGGGAAAAGUGAUAAACUUUCUCAGAGAAAAAAAGUUAAUUACAAAUGACACUAUUGUGACUGCUAAGGAGGCAACAGAAGAAGACUUACUAGUUGUACAUACUAGACGCUACUUAAACAAACUAAAGUGGUCAUUUGUGGUUGCUACAAUAACAGAAAUCCCACCUCUCGUCAUCCUUCCCAACUUCCUAGUACAAAGAAGAGUUUUGAAACCACUGAGAACUCAGACAGGUGGAACAAUAAUGGCUGGAAAACUGGCCAUUGAAAGAGGAUGGGCAAUUAAUGUUGGUGGUGGCUUUCAUCAUUGUUCCGGUGACAAAGGUGGAGGAUUUUGUGCAUAUGCUGAUAUAACAUUAGCUAUCAAGUUCUUAUUUGAACGUGUUGAAGGAAUAUCCAAAGCAACAAUUAUAGAUCUGGAUGCUCAUCAGGGAAAUGGACAUGAAAGAGAUUUCAUUGAUGAUAAAAGGGUCUACAUUAUGGAUGUGUACAAUCGUCAUAUUUAUCCUGGAGAUACUAUGGCAAAACGAGCAAUAAAAAGGAGGAUUGAACUGGAUUGGGGCACAGAGGACAAGGAAUACCUAGAGAAAGUGGAAACACACGUGAAAGGAGCUCUAAAUGAAGUGACCCCAGAUGUAAUAGUCUACAUGCAGGGACUGAUAUACUCGAUGGAGAUCCACUUGGAGGUCUCUCUAUUUCCCCUCAAGGCAUUAUAAAAAGGGAUGAGAUUGUGUUCAGCAUUGCCAGGAGUCGCUCUAUACCUAUCCUGAUGGUCACCUCUGGUGGAUACCAAAAGCGAACAGCACGGAUAAUUGCGGAUUCCAUUCUCAACCUGCACAACCUUGGCCUUAUUAAUAAAGCCUCAGCAGAGACACAUGAACCUAGGAUAUAA